AAGAAGAGAAAUAGCAUAGUUGAUGUAGUUUCGAAUAGCGCCUCCGGAAUUGAUUCGGAUCUCAUUCUCGUUAAUGGGUGGUUCUGGCUUUGACUUCUCUACUUUCUGGUAUCUAUCCAUCGGCUGUUUGUUGGAGGAGAUAGAGGGGAAGGGGAGGGGAAGAAUACCCUGAUUAAACCCUAGCAGAUGAGCGAAACAGCAAAGGGAAAGAGAGAGGGUAAAGGCUUUAAAACUCUUUCCUUGAUAAAAUCAUUGUAGUUUAGAUGAUACGUUAAAAAGAAAAAUCAGAACCAACAGAAACUGAUGUAAUAUAUAUAUAUAUAUAUUUCAAUUUCUCUUAUAUUUCUAUCUUCUGUUUUUAAAGCCAAGAAACUAAUCAACAAAAACAUAAAGAAAUAAAUAUAAAGGUGAAGGAAGUGAGAAAAGAGGGAGGAAACAGAAGGCAAAAGAAUAAGGAAAUAUGAAAGGAGGGUUGAAGAGUGUAUUUGGUAGGAACAUUUGUGGGUUCAUUUGGCGUGUAUUCGAAGACAGAGUCAUCCAUUUAAUAAUACUGAAAUGAGAUAGUGAGAGCGCGACUGAGAAAAAAACGAAAGAAGAAUUUGUAGGACCUAUGUUUGACCCUUCCAUAUAUAGCCUUUUUUUGUCAUUAUUUUGGCUGUAAAUCCAUAUCUGAUUCUUCCAGGCCUUUUCUUUUCUCUCCCUUUCCCCAAAUACUCCAAAUCCCAAAAACACUUAUAAUUUCUUCUGUUUUUUUUUUUUUUUCUCUUAGUCACUCUCUCGCUGUCUCAUUACUGUUAGUAAUAUGCUUGUAUCCUUGAUCUUAAAGUCAAAAUGGGUUCUCAAGACUCGAAGGAAUACGAAAUGGCGGUGACUCUUCCAUCAAAUACGCCAGUGGAGGGAUGCGAAAUCAACCCAGACGUUCGUGUCAACUACAGAGCAUUUCCUGCUCUUCAACCUCUUCCUCCAUAUUCCCUCACUUUCAGCUGUGGAGGUGGUUUCUAAAUUCUAGGUAUCGUGAGGUGGUUUGCUCUGUGCACCCUUCUAAGUUGGCUACUGUUCAGUGUAUGUCCUGUGUAAAGCUAGAGAUUCCAGUUGACCAGAGUUAUCAUUGCUCUUCGCAGUGCUUCUUAGAUGCAUGGCAAAUGCAUGUGAAGCUUCAUAGUCAUGCAGUUAAAACGGAAAAACAGACUGCAACUGGUGGUCAACAAGAAUUAAGAAGGCUUAGGAGUUGUGGCUCAUGGCCAGACUUCAGUGCCGACCAAUUAUUUGGUGAAAAUACACUGGUGGUAGAGCGAGAAGGGAAAGUAUGGAUCAAGGUGGGCUCUUCUAAAACUUAUAAACCUUCUAAAGAAGAUGUUGGCUUCACUCUUAGGCUGGAAUGUGUGGCUGUGGACUAUGCUGAGGGCACUCAGUUGGCUCCUAUCAAUAUCAUAGUGACUGAUCCUGUGAUUACUUUCCCUCCUCGUUGUCCUCGCUGCAUGAUUGAAAUUGGAAGUUAUAUGAAAUCUCAUAACAUCCAUUUCAAAUCCCAGACUUCUGAUAGUUUAACAUUUAGUGUGCUAUCAUAUAAUAUCCUUGCUGACAUGUACACUGGUAUGGGUAAGUACAGUUACUGUCCAAGUUGGGCUGUUGUUUGGGAAUACCGCAAGCAAAAUUUGCUGCAAGAGAUCAUUGGAUAUGAUGCUGAUAUUAUUUGUCUUCAGGAGGUGCAAAGUGAUCAUUUUGAAGGUUACCUUCAACCUGAGCUGAUGAAAUGUGGUUAUUCUGUUAUGUACAAGAGGAAACGAACAGAGUUGUAUACUUCUAGCCGCCAUUAUAUAAGUGAGGGAUGUGCAACUUUUUAUCGCCAUGAUCUAUUCAAAGAAAUCAUGAAAUAUGAGCUUGAGUUUGAUCGCAGGGCACAGGUAGUUGUUGAAGAUUUGAAACCUGAACUCAAACAUGUGGGCCAUAUUCGCCUAAUGAAGGACAAUGUUGCACUUAUUGUCAUAUUAGAAGCAAUAAGAGAUGGCAGCACCAAUGAUGACCUUCAGUUUAGAAUUUGUGUGGCAAAUACCCAUAUACAUGCAAACACUGAACUGCCAGACGUACAAUUAUACCAGGUUGCAAACCUUGUCCGUGGACUGGAGAAAAUUGCCCAAUCAAAAAUUCCUCUAUUGAUUUGUGGAGAUUUGAACUCUCCUCCUGAAAGUGAUCCUCAUAUGCUUCUUGUUAGAGGCAGAAUCAAUUCUGUUUCUGGGGAGAGAACUGAUCCAUUGGGUAUAUAUCAGAUUCUCAAGCUUGAACACUCAUUGGCUCUGGCUAGUGCAUAUGCAUCAUUUUUCCAUUUGAGAGGGAUUGAUGAAAAACAGUUCAAUAGGAUGAGCCUUGAGAACCAUGAGCCUUUAUUUACCUACUUCACUUCGGGAUUUGCUGGAACCUUAGAUUAUAUUCUCUACACAGCGGACAGUUUGAGGGUUGAAGGUUUAUUGGAGCUUCUCGAUUUUGAAAGUGUGGGUGUUGGUCUUCCGUCACCACUAUGGUCAUCAGACCACGUUGCCCUGAUGGCCAGUUUCAGACUCAAACCGCAUUCUGCCUCUGAAUCAUGGCCAGCUCUUCCUCAGGAGAUCUGAUAGCAACUAGAGACAUGGUAGUAAUUACAUCUGUAUGAAAAAUAUUAGAAGAAACACAGAUUAUAGAAUCAAUCUCAAAACACAGUAGCAGGCAAUGUUGUUUACAAGAUACUUUCUGGUAGUCUUGCUACCUAAUUUCGUAAUCCUGUAACUAAUACUGAUGAUUACCUUUGAACUUCUUUUUCCUUUUAUCUCUGCCAUAUGUAUGAUUUGUCAGCAUUCCAUACCAGUCUCAAUUCAUCAUUUCUGGGUGAAG